ACUAAUCAUUAAGUAUUCGGCCCAGUCCAGCACCGGUGCCGCAAUUUUCAAAACCCGCGCCAAAAAGCUGUACGAGUUCUCUUCCCUCCCCCUUAAAAUCCCAAAAUGUGUAUUAUAUUAUUACACAGUGCAGAUUGGUAGGGCUUGUGAACUCGGUGGAAAUGAACUCGCUCGACUCGGUCAUGGACAUUGAUCAGCCAAAAAAUCAAGAAGAUCCGUUUCUCAAAUUCAUUGAUUACGCGAGGUCCGCUCUCUCGCCUGAACCAGACGAAAAUUUGGAUCCGAAUGAAAAGGGGCCGGAAACCAGUAUUGGACCCAGCUGGAACUGGAUAGCCUCUCGGAUUCUCAAGACUUGUAGCGCCUACUCCAGCGGCGUCACUGCCGCGAUUCUACUCUCUGAUAUAUCUCAGGCGUGGAGUGAGCAACAUAGGGACAGGCCUCCAAAGAAAAUGCCGGAAUGUGUGAAGCAGUCGAGAAAGAAGUACAAGAGAAGGAAGCUUCCGAACACCGUGACCAUCGACUCCAUUUAUGAAAAGAAUUUCUUGUCCUUGAAUAGUGUUUUGGAAGCCGUAAUUGUGGAAGCUUUUGUUCUCCCAGGUACCAACAUCUCUAUGCUUUCCUUAGGAGAUUAUUGGAGCUCCAAUACUAUUGACAUUUAUCUCCACCAAAGAUACUGUGACUUGACUCGUAAUGGACUUCUCAAGAAAGGGAGGGAGAUCUUUCUCACUGGGUGCUAUCUUCGUCCUGCAACUAAAGGAGGAUCCGCUUAUAUGCGGCUGUUGCCAACAGAAUAUCUGACCAUAUUGUUAGAUGAGGCUGAAGAUGGUGAUUUAAUGCUGAUAGGAACUAAGUUUUGUUCAGAUCCAUUCUGUUCAAUUUCUCCUGAUGCCACUUAUAAAGAUGUUUGUUAUUCGUUGUACGCAAGAAUUGAAAUUAUUGGGCCACUGGAAGUACAUGGUACUUUACAGAGUAAACAAAUUACUCUUGUUGACAAUGAUGGUGUGAAGCUACAAUUUCUGCUGUGGGGUGAUCAGGUUGUCUUGGCCAAUCUUUUGAGCAUGGGAAGUAUGCUUGCACUGGAUAGACCAUAUAUUGCUAGUUCCGUAGACAGAGGUAUUGAAACGAGUAAUGAAGUUUGCCUUGAAUUUGGUAGUACAACGCAAUUGUUUUUGGUGCCUCUGAUUCAACAUGAGGAGCAAGUAUCUGUAGCACUGACACCAAAUCGGUAUCAAGGGUCAAGACUGCAGAGCACAAUAGAUCCCAGUCAGGCUCCACAAGUUUCUCAAGUUUCCUUGCCCUGUGAUUCACAUGGGUCCAUUGACUUCAGUAGUUAUCCUUUUCAAUCAUUCGUGACUGACCUUCAUGACAAGAUGACUGGUGUCAGCCUUUACGGUGUUGUUACCAAUAUUACCAGAGAAAGAAGUACCACAGAAGCUAUCUUCUCCUUGAGAGUUGAAGAUACCACUGGAGCAAUUUGGGCAAAGUUACAUUUUGUGAAGUGUUGGUCAUUAAGAAGAUUAAGCAUUGGUCACACAGUGUACAUAUCAGGCCUGACAUGCAUUAUGACGAAGCGGAAGGGCCUGGAAGCAUUAUGGUUCGAGAAUACUGCUGGAGCUUCUUUCUUCAACCUCAGUUCCUUGCCAGCGUUGCUAAACUCAUCUUGUCUUCAUAAAUUGUCAAGCCUCUCUGAUCUAUCUAGCCAGACUAGCUGUAUGCAGAUAGUUCAGGUUUGGCUGAAAAUGAAGAUGGUUCAUGUCAGUAAAAAAAUUUCGCAUGCCAUAUGCGGCCAUUUUGUUACCGAGCAGCCCAAUGAUGUUCUGGAAUGCAGCUUCUGUAACACCAGUUGUGGUGCUGAAGUUAUCCAUACUUUCUACCUGAAAAUUACUCUUGCAGACGAGAGUGGGGAAGUUUCUGCAUGGUGUACUGGUCAUACUGCUACAGAGUUGCUGCAAAUAUCUCCUGAUGAAUUCUUUGAACUGCCUGAGGAUGAUCAAGCUAUGUAUCCUACUUCAUUAGAGAAACAGAGAUUCAUGGUUGCAAUUGUUAAUUGUAAGCAGCAGGGCUGUGGACCCAAUGAUGCUCUUCGUAUGCUAGAGACUGAAGGGAUCUCAUGGGAGAUAACUGGAGCAUUGAAGAGUGAACAAUGAUGGCUUGCAAAUGUAAUACUCAGUAGGCAGCUCAAAUUAUUAUUUGUGUGAAAAAAAAGGGUAAAAUAUAUGAUUAUCAGUCUAGAUACAGUAGAAAUUCAUAUUUCAUUCGAACAAAACAAAUCCAGUAG